ACUAUCGCGGGAAUUGCACAGCCUCGUUUUAACAAAUUCAUUACGUAUCCCAUAAUUUUGGGAAAAAUGGCGACGACCGGGACAGGUGAAACCACUCCGAGUAAUGGCAGCAGUCCAGAGACUGACCAUGACUUUGACCCUUCAGCUGAUAUGAUGGUACAUGAUUAUGAUGACGAAAGAACUCUUGAGGAAGAAGAAAACCUCAGUGGGGCUGAAAGUGUUGCUGCAGAACUCAAUGACUUAGAAAAGGAAGGGGAUAUGCCAAUAGAGCAGUUGCUUGCUAUGUAUGGGUAUAGCGGUGGCCAGGCUGGCAGUGGAAGCAGUAGCAGUAGUUCAAUGUCGCCAGAUUCCUCCCAAGGUCAGGAUACCCGGUCCAGCAGUGAAGAAGAAAUACUCAGUAACCAGGACCUGACGCUAGACAAAGAUGAGAUUGCUCGUGAUUUACUGUCAAAUUCUGAUGAAGGAGAAGAUAAAGAAACAGACGUGCAUGAUCUACUGAACAGUGUUUCUUCAUCACAGACAGCACGUCUUCUAAGAUCCCAAAGUCAGCCAGGGAGUGAAGACAGCGAAUCUGAAGAUGAUAUAGAUUAUAAACCUGAAGAAGAAUGGAAAAAGACAAUUUCAGUUGGUUCAUCAUAUCAGGCAGUAGUACCUGAAGGUCUGUGUAAAUAUGGUGAUGCUCCAGCAUACGAGAAUGAGGAUAGACUUCUUUGGGAUCCAACUAAAAUGGAGGAUAGUGAAGUGGAAAAAUACCUGCAAGAGAUCCACUUACAGGGCCUACAGACAUCUGUUGGAGUACAUGCUAUACCUACUGGUGCUCAUGUCAGAGACGAUGAACAGGCAUUAUAUCUAUUACUGCAAUGUGGACACAACAAAGAGGAGGCAUUACGCAGAAGAAAAAUGCAAGCAAUACCUCCUACAGAUCCCAUGAGUUUAUGGUCAGAGGAAGAAUGCAGUAAUUUUGAAACAGGUCUCAGGUUCUAUGGCAAAGACUUCUAUCUUAUUCACCAAAAUAAGGUUAAAACAAGAUCAGUUGGUGAGCUUGUACAGUUUUACUACUUGUGGAAGAAAACAGAGCGACAUGAUAUAUUUGCCAACAAGACUAGAUUAGAAAAACGCAGAUACACAUUACAUCCAGGAGUCACAGAUUACAUGGAGAGGUUUUUAGACGACCAGGAAACGCCUCCAACCCCGACUCCUGCUCGAGAUCGCUCAGCAAGUCCAGUUCAUUCUUUGUUAUUUGGAGAUCCGAAAAGAAACCACCUCAAACCUCACACAGAAUCAGGCAUGGGUGAUGCCCCUUCGAGCCAUCUAAAACCUCACACAGAUUCCGGCAUGGGUGAUAGCCCAUCUAGCCACCUUAAACCUCACACAGAUUCUGGUACGGGUGAUACCUCAGUCAGUCACCUCAAACCUCAAACAGAAGUGUGUAUGAGUGAUUCAUUUGCAGGAUUUAAGCCUAUACAGACAGAAUUUGAUAUAAAUACUGCUUCACCAACAGUUCAGUGCCCAGACACUAAAGUUCAUAACCCUGCUGAAGGGGACAAUAUUUGUAUUCAAAAUGGCCUCCCAGAGGAAGGCUAUGUACCUCCAUUUAAAAAGAUGAAAACAGACAACACUGACAAUAUAAGUGAAUUACCAAGUGACCUCCAUUCGUCGACCGCCUCGACAGAAACACAAAACCAUAUAGAUUCAUUGUCAAUUUCAUCAGUAAACAAAGUUCCAUCUGUAGAGAAAAUAGGAAGUGAAAAAUUAACCGAUACUAGUUCUACAAACAGUAAAACAUUAGGAAUAUCUAGUGUAGCUUUAGGACAUUCAAGAAGUGCUGAGGCUUUGAUUCAGUGACAUUCCGUCAUUUUGUGUAUUCUCUAUCAUCCAUUAAGGUUUCAUUCAAAUUAUCAUAACACAAGAGUGUGCAAUAUUCAGGAAAUUUCAGAAUAUGGAAUCAACAUUUUUUUCAAACACACAAAUGGGAAGAAGUUGUUACAUAAUGAUCUUGCUGGCAAGAAAAUAAUUUGUGCCGUAUUUUAUCAUAAUUACAUUGAUCUCGUUCAUAAUUAUGCUUAAAUCAAUGCCAAUUAAAUUUAAAAUAAUUAAAAGUAAGGGAACUUACAUUACUAGAAUGAAAAAUGGAGUAAUUUAGUUGUAUUGAUUCCAUUUGUAUAUAUACCAUCUACUACUUAAAGAAAGUAAGUCAUGUAAAAUUUAAUUCAAGGUUGAUAUUUUGUAAUCUCAUUUUAUGCUUAACAGGGUUGAUCUGUGUGAACUAUUAUCAUUGAAAUUAACUUAAUGAUUGGUUGUUGAUUAAUAGAUUAUCAUAGAGGCAAUUAAUUGAGAUCGUUUAAUUAAAAUCUGAUUAUACAUAAGAGAGGAAUUUAAUGAAAUUCUGACAAGGUUUAUUAAUUGCACACCUUCAGUGAAUGAAAAUGUUCAUGUUUUAAUAAUUUACAUAAAAUUAACUUGUCAGACAAAAAGUAUUCAUUGUUAAUGUCUCAUAAUCAUUACUUAUCAUAGAGUCCUAAUAUAUUUUUACUGCAAUUUAACAUUUUGCCUGUUCUCGUAUUCAUCAAUUUGUGUUGUUCAGUAUUUAUGUUUGUUAUGACUGUCGAAUAGUUGAAACACAGUAAUUUAAAGGGAUACUAGGGUAUUUUUUUCAAGAUACAGAACCAUGAUUUAUUUAUUGUUUAAUUGAAUUUAUUAAAUUAAUGGCCAUUUGUGGUAUAAAAUCUCUAUAAUUAUAUGACUGUGAAGUUGCAAAAACGUGACAAAUGUCCAAUCAUUGAUAUGACCAUCAGUCUUAUUUCUCUUGCCCAUGGUAUAAUAAGGAUAUCACAAAUGAAAAGUGGUAUGUGACAUUUUACAACAGUAUAUAAAAGUUACCUUAACCUGGCAUUCAUAGAUUAGCUUAGCAAAGGACAUAAAAAUUGCACUUUUACAAAGUCAAGGUAAGAAAACAUGUACAUUCGUUUUAACAAAGCAUGUUAGGAAAAUGUGAGAAAUAUUGUUUAAAGGAUUUUAAUAUUUUGUUCAUAAUUUUCCCUUUGUAUCCCUUUGAAAUCUUGAUAUUAGUACUUAAUUGUUGGUACAUGUAUUACUAUACUGAUUAAACAAGUUUAUGAAACUGAAAUUUAAAUAGAUGUAUGUGUGUUGUUAAAAGUUAAGUCUUUUCCAAAUCCAUUUGUCAAACUGAAGGUAUCUAGUAAAAUAUGACUGGAAGGGCAUUUUCAAAGUGAUUUUGUAUUGAUUUUGAAAUAAUAAAUCUGGCUAAAAUGAUUGAUAGCUCAAUAAUAAGCCACGUUUUGCUGAUCUGAAAAGCUCACAUAAUAACCUGUAACCACCUUUUCUCUCAUGCCAUAUGAGAUGUCAAGUCUGUGAAGUCUGAUCGAAAAUGACCUUUUGGACAAAAGACCCGGUCAUUUACAUGGUAGACAGUAUAUUUCUGGCUUGAUGUUUUAACAGAUUUGUAGAGACAAGUUAUUGCACUGAUGCUGAUGAUGCAGAAUGAUGUAGAAGAAAAAAAAGAAAUUUUAUGAAAUGUAAUUAAUGAAUUCAAAAUUUUAUGAAGCUUAUUUCCUGGUUCCUAUCAGGGUUAUUGAUACACAGUCGCAUUAAUUAAAUGGACACCUGGCUUGUUCCAGUGUUACAGCUAUCUUUGCCUUAAGGUCAUUGAAAAUCUGAUUAACCAUAAAUUUACAAAACAUACAUUUAUUCCGAUAAUAUGGCCAGUUAAUAAUAUAGUUAACCAAAAGUUUAUACAUAUAAUAUAAUAAGGUUCUUUGUGUGAACUUGGAAAGGUUAUUUGUUUUAUAUAUGUAAAAAGUAGAUAUUCAUUUCAUGAUUAACUUGCAAUUUUUUAUGGUGCUGAUCAGUGAAAUUUUAUUGUUUCAUUUCUGUUGACAGUGUUGUUAUCUAAGGAGUAAAUGAUGUUUGAAACUGCUUUGUAAUAGUAAUUUCAUAGGUCUGUUUUAAUUUUUUAACACUGAUGCCUUCCAUUACAAGUUGGCCUAUUUCAUUUGCAGAGAAAAAAAAACUUCACAGGGCCUCCAAGCCUGGUGAGAUCAUUAGAGAAUGAAAUUGUUAUGUGCUUAAGGUUUCAUUUGAUUUGAAGUUCUGUCCCCUAAUUUAUGGAUAAAAAAAAGGUAACUUGUGCAGAACUAGUUAGGAAUAUUGAAUUUUUCAUAGGGGCCUCCUUGUCCAAGAAGUCAAGGUCACUGACUUAAAAUCACUCGCCUUCAUGCUGUCAGAAAACCAGCGUAGGAUGUAGGAUUUUUUUUAUGUGAGAAAACCAGUUAAUGGUCCAGUACAUCACACUGGUUUGGUCAGUUGACUGCAUGAAACUAUACGAGAAAAAAAAUAGUGUUUAAACAUAGAUCAGAAAGCAAAGUCAAAGAAAUUGAUUGAUCAAGAUCUGUUAAAUCUGGUGUGAAAUAGUUACGUAUAAAUAGAUGAUUCUAACAGCAUUGUAGAGUGAAAUUAAUGUAUGCUUGACCAUUUUCAUUAUCUUCAUGUAGUGUCAAAAAUUGUCCGAAAUUUUAAGACUUUGUUCAUGUGAAAAGUACACAGUGGUUUGUUACCAGUACUGAAAAUGUCUUUUGUAAGAAGUGGUAUGAAUGUAAGUUUUGUUAAUUUUGUUGAAAAAAUGUUAUGAAUGGACACUCUUAUUAAACUUUAUUAAUUUAUAUUCCUUUUAAAUGAACAACAUCAACUAGUAGAGAUAACCGGCACUAUCUAUGUAGAGUGUAUUUUGCUUUAAACAGACACAACAUUUUACAGAAUCCUGUAACCCAUGUUUACAAACAACUGGAAUAGUGAAAAAAAAUAAGCAGUUAUUGAUACUUUACAUGAUGUUCAAACAACAGAAAAUAUGUUACGGUAUAUUAAUAAUAAAAAUCUAAUUAAACAGCAGUAAUGUGCUUUCAGAAGCUAUUGGCAUUCCUAAAUUUGUAUUUGAGCUGUUUCCUCAAGAUUGCCGAUAAAUAUGCCCUAGGAAGCUAUUGUCACUCUUAAAUUGGCAUCCGUAUUACCAGUAAAUACAUGCUUUGAAGCUAUUGGCAAUCUGAAGUUUGCAUUGAAGAUGCCAAUGUACUUGCAGAAGCUAUUAGCCCUCAUAAAUUUGCACUUUGGCUAUUACACCUAGAAUGCCAAUACAUAGUUUCGUUGUGACAAAAAAAUGCCAAAUGUAUGCAAUUGCCAUUUAGUGUGUGAAAAGUUAGCAUUUGUAAGUUAAAUUUAUUAGGAGGUUCUAGAUUUGUUUACAUAUUAUAGCCGUGUUACAUUUUGUAACCCCAAACAAUAUGUUGUUAAGUGAUUCUACCUUCAAUAUAGAUUGUGACUGAUGUAUAAAUCACAGACAAGCAAUUAACAAAAAUACAUGUACUUGAGUAUGUAGCUUUAUGGGUUCAGAUUUCCCAAGGUUCUCCUGAAUAGAUCAACAAUAUGUUAAAAGCAGGGUUAUAUGGACAUAGCAUUUGAAGUUGCAGUGAUGUCUCAAAAACUUUUUUGGUCUGAAAUAUUUGUUUUAAAAUAUUUUGAACAUGUGAGAGCUGCUGUAGCUGAUUGUUUGAUAGUGCUCAAUUAUAAUCAAAUGUACAUGUGUAAAACUCAUUUUGUAUGUUUGUUACGUUUAAUAGAUUUUUACAGUUGCAAGAUUGUACAAAGUUCAACUUGGCGUACAUCAUUAUUUAUUUUGUACAUAAUUAUUAUGUAGAAAAACAAAAUCAGAUUUAAUACAUGUUUUUCAUAAAAUUGA